AUGAGAUUUGGGGAGUUAUUAAAUGAAGGAUCAGUUCCGGAGUGGAAGUCCUUAUAUCUUGAUUACAAGCAUGGUAAGAAAUUAAUUAAACGACUUGACGACAUCAAGGAGGGUGUAUGCGGUGCAUCACACAGUAUAGAGAGUGAUAAAAAUUCAGGGAAGAAAAUCUCUAGGAAUGCUAAUGAAAUUACCCCAUUAAUUCCUUCCAAAAGAGCAACGAACUAUAAUCAGGACCGUACAGAGUCCCAAUUGGAUAGUCCUUUUGAAGGUAGCCCAAAUGUUGCGGACAAUGAAGUAGAUAGAGAGAAUUUUCAAAACAAUCCUGAACAGGAUGACAAUCUAGGUCCGUUACUUUGCAGUUGCUCGCUGCGAUCUAACAAAAAUGAUGAAUUAGAAAUAGAGAAACGUAAAUUCAAAGAAUGGCUCGACUCCGAGUUAGAUAAAGUCAACUCAUUCUACAGAGAAAAAGAAGAAAGUAAGUUUGAGAAGUUUGUCUUAUUGCAAGAUCAGUUAUAUCAGUUGCGAGAACAUAAAGCGAUGGUAUUGCGAGAAAGAUUACAGCAUCAAAAAAAUAAACACAAGCCUUCUAUCGAUGAUCCGGAUAAUAUUUAUAACAACAUACAUGAUAUAGCAUACCAUACUAAAAGUGCAUUAGUUGCGUUAAGUAGAUUUGAAUUUCCGUCUCUUCCUUCAACUACAUUCUUGAGUAAGUGGAAGAACGAGCAAGAAAAAGAUGUAAACACGGCCAAUGGUCAAAGUAUUGUGGAUAUUAAUUAUUAUGAGAAUAGAGUUAGGAAUGGUAUAGUCUCCGCAGACGACAAUGAAGAUACAGAUUUUACUCCAGUCGACUCAGAUUUUAAUUCUGUCACCUCGCCUCUUCUACAGGUAGAUACAGCGAGGUAUUUAACGCAAGAACCGCAGAGUUCAGCGAUGAGGAGAACGGCAGGAAGAAGAGAUUAUAGUACUAAGAAAAAUCAAUUCAGGGUACCAUAUGCAUAUGCUCGAAAACAAUUAGAGGAUGCAAUAAUUGUGCAUUAUGGUGCAUUAUCAUUAUUAAAGUCCUUUAGAGAGUUGAAUAGAACUGCUUUUCGGAAGCUUACAAAAAAGUUUGACCUAGCAAUGCACACAUCUAUAUCGGCACCAUAUAUGGAGAAGAUUGAUAACGAAUCGUACUUUCAAACAAGUGAUACACUUGACAGGUUAAUAAGUCAAAUUGAAGAACUAUACGUAGUGUUUUUUGAUAAUGCAACUGAUAGAAGAGGUUCGCUAGAAAAAUUGAAGAGUAUUUCCUAUGUGUUGAGUAGUAAAGUGCAGAAGUCAUUUUCUGCUCCUUUCUUUUCAUCGGGAGUUUUUAUUGGCUUCGGAUUACCAAUAUUUAUUCUGGGACUAUAUUUUGCCUUACGAGAGACAUUGAAUGGUGAUUUACCCGAAGGAAGGUUCUUAUUACAAAUAUGGGGAGGAUUCUUCUUGCUAAUUCUAGCUUUUCUACUUUUUGGAAUAAAUAUGUAUGUUUUUGAUUUAUUCAAGAUUAACUACAAAUUUAUUUUCGAAUUUAAUUUGGUAUCUGCAUUGAAUUACAAACAGUUUUUAUUACUUCCAUCGUUUGGGUUUGCAUUUUUGUCUAUAAUAAUCUGGUUCAGCCUGAAUGACUUCUGGCCAGACAAGCUACCCAGUAGGGAUUGGCCUUGGAUAUUUCUUGGGGUCAUGAUGGUAAUCUUUAUUUGGCCUGGUGUUCAUUUCUAUGCGUCAAGUAGGAAAUGGCUUCAAGUUGCACUUUGGAGAUUAUUACUAUCUGGCUUCUAUCCUGUCGAAUUUAGAGAUUUCUUUUUAGGUGACAUGUUUUGUUCGUUAGUCUACACCAUGGGGAAUAUUCCAUUCUUCUUCUGCCUAUACGCCAAUAAAUGGAAUGGAUUAUUAGAUGAUGGUAAUACAGCACAGCACAACGUUUGUGGUUCGUCAAGAUCAAGAUCGAUGGGAUUCUUCAGCUCAUUGCCAAGUAUUUGGCGUUUCCUCCAGUGCUUAAGGCGUUACAUGGAUACAGGAGAUUGGUUUCCUCAUUUGGCAAACAUGUUGAAAUUUGCUGUUACGGCCAUUUAUUACGGCCUAUUAAGUGUUUACCGUAUUGAUAAUAGAGAAAGAAAUAGAACUGCGUUCAUAAUAUUUGCUUUAAUUAAUACGUUAUAUACAUCAUCAUGGGAUAUCAUGAUGGAUUGGUCAUUAUUACAGAGUGGAUCUAAGAAUAAAUUUUUAAGAGAUAAUUUAUUUUUUAAGAGACCUAUUUACUAUUAUUGUGCCAUGGUGAUUGAUGUUAUUUUAAGAUUCCAGUGGAUCUUUUAUGCAUUUUUUACUAGUCAAAUACAGCAACUGGCGGUCACUAGUUUCUGUGUUGCAUUGGCGGAACUUAUAAGAAGGUUUAUUUGGAUAUUUUUCAGAGUGGAGAAUGAGCAUUGUACUAAUGUUACCUUGUUUAGGGCCUCAAGGAAUUCUCCACUACCAUAUGCAAUUUCUAGCAAAGUAGAAAGAUCAAUUAGAAAACUUGUUGAGUUGAAAUAUAAUAACCUAGGUUCUACUGAGCGUCUUCAAAGAAGCUCAAGUAUAGAGAGAACACAUCAAGAUGAUGAAGAAACCGAAAUUGGUUUCCAUCGUAUACCAACUGCUAUGCCGAUAUCUUCAACAGGAGGGCGUACUCAUCGUAAAUCUAUUGGAUCGUUCUCGGAUGCUUUAAAUACGGCACAUAUCAAGGAUUUCCAAAGAAGAAAGACAGCUGUUGAUGUCGAGGAUGACGAAAGUGAUGACGAUGAAGAAGAAGAAAGAGACGAAGAAGAUACUAUAGUAUUUGAAUCUGAUGACUUGCUAAAGUGA